AUGAGACCGAUGCCAAGAGAAAGAUCGGGAAAGGAUAUAUCAUCUUCAGGUUCGCCCGUCCCCAAGUCUGAAUCUCGGAGUAGCACGGACAGCAGCUACACGAACAUCACCGAGCUUCAUGACUACGUCGGCAAGGACACAGAGUUCACAGUCCAAGACAUCCUAUCUUCCUUUUCCUCAUCCCGUCUCACUCAGAAGUCUCAUCCUUUCCGCGCAACGCCGUCGACCAUGUCUUCGUCUCGUUCCGGCCGCUCGGCAGGAUCGUCUAGCCACCGCAGCUCCAAGAGCAGUAAAAAGCCGAGGGCGGUUCAACGCUCCAUCCAACAACUGAUCGAGUCCCUCGAAACCCACCGCGUCAACACCCUCACCGAACUCUGCCGCAUCGAGCGCGUGGCGGCGACCUGCGAGAACGAGGAGGACGCGCUCGCCUUCCAGGGCCCCAUGACGGCGGCGUGGGACUACUACGUCAACAGCAACCAGCUCCUCACCGAGCUGCGCGGGCUCACGCGCAGCUACCCUCUCUGCACCGACAUCCUCUACGACGCCCACGUCCGCGUGCGCAACGACCCGGACUCGAACAAGAGCUGGAACCUGGCGUGGCUCUGCUUGACGAAGAUCCAAGAGGACGGCCUGGUUUCGGGAUACGCCGCCCUCGAGGCCGCGAAGCCCGAGAUGUGGGGAGGUCGCGACCCUUCCGAGGAGGAAGCCGCCCAGCUCGCGGCGUGCUUCGAGUACGAGUGGAACAAGGCCGUCGAUAACAUGCUUCGGCACUGGUCCAUUCCACCUACCUGGUACUGA